GGCCUCGACUUACAGCUUGUCUUUCCCCCAUGAUACGAUUCAUUCUCGUUCAGAAUCGACAAGGCAAAACUCGACUUUCUAAGUGGUAUGUGCCGUACGACGACGACGAGAAGGUCCGACUUCGCGGUGAGGUGCAUCGACUAGUGGCACCCAGAGAUCAGAAGUACCAGUCAAACUUUGUGGAGUUCCGAAACUACAAGAUCGUGUAUAGAAGAUACGCGGGAUUAUUCUUCUGUGUUUGUGUGGAUGCGAACGACAAUGAGUUGGCAUACCUAGAGGCGAUACAUCUGUUCGUGGAGGUUUUGGAUUCGUUUUUUGAUAACGUGUGUGAGUUGGACUUAGUAUUCAACUUUUACAAGGUUUACGCUAUAUUGGACGAAAUAUUCCUCGCUGGUGAGAUGGAAGAGACGAGUAAGGAUGUCGUGCUGUCACGGUUGGAAGAGCUGGAGAAGCUGGAAUAGGGUUUGAUGGCAGGGUUUCGUUGAUUUGGCUAUUUCACGUGUAUUAUUACGACUGCAUAAUUCAACAAACUUUCCCUCGGAAUAUAACUCAAGAUCUCAUGCCUGA